AUGACAUUUAAAAAACGAACAAAUAAUAACAAUAACAAAAGUGUAAUCGUUGAUUUGAGAAAAAAUACAAUUAUAACAGAAGCCUCGAAUGUUAAAAUUAAAAGGAAAAAAAAAAAAAAUGAAAGGCUUCCAGAUUUUUCAUGUUUAAAAAAAUUGAUAUAUGAACAAAAGAAGGAUAAUUUUGUACAUUUAUUUUCCUUUAAUGAUCCAAAAAUUAAAGAGAAAAUUGACAAAUUUAAUAGUAUACUUGAAAACAGAAAAAAACAUUAUAGUAGUGAAACAAAGAAAGAAGAUGUAAUAGCUAAAACCUUUUGUGAGACAUCCACAUUUGGUUAUACAUUUAUUGACAAAAUUCAAAAUCUUCAAAAUCAAGAUGAUAUAAAUGAUUUAAUACAACAUGAUGAAGAAGAAGAUGGAGACGAAGAAUUUUCAGACGAAGAGAAUGAAACAGAUGGUCAAGCAAACGAAAGAUCCGGAAUAAAAAGACGAAAUGAAAUUUCAGAAAAAUAUAUUUCAUACGAGAAAAAUGGAAAAGAAAAGGAUGGGCAUUAUGCUGAUAAUAAUUCUAUUUGUACCAAUAAUGAUAAUAAUAAUGAUAAUAAUAAUAACAAUAAUAAUAGCAAUAACAAUCGGUGGAGCGAAAAGGGUAUUUUUAAUAAAAAGUGCAUAGUAAAUAUGAAAAAAAAAGAUAAAAUGUUGGAUCAACUAAAAUCUACAUUUGAUGAGUUCAAAAUAAAUACGCUUACUAUUCAGCAAAAGCCAAUUCAUGUGAUAGAUGAAAAUGGAAAAAAAAAAAAAAAAUUAUUUAUUUUUAAUAUGAAUAAUAAUAAUGGUGGAAAGAAUAAAAAUGAAAAGAGACGAAUUCAAAUUAUAUAUGAUAAAAACGAAAAUACAAAUUCGGAAAUAAAAACACAAAAUAAAACAAAUAGAAACACACUAAAUGAAAAUUCAUUAUAUAAUAUUGACCAGACAAAAGAACCAGACGAAAAUAUCAUAGAUCUAGUAAAUAAAAUAAAUGAUCAAAAAGAGUCUUAUUUAUAUUUUGCUGUUAAAGAUAAUAAUUUAUUAUUAAAUCAGAAUAAUGAUUAUUUUAGUAUUAUGAUGCAUUAUUUAUGUGAAAGAUCAAUAAAUACAAAUAUUCAAAUGUUAUAUUAUAUUAUUAUGAAACCAAGAAACAUGGAUAUGUUAUUAUAUUUAAUUUUAACUUAUUAUAAAUUUUCAUUUACAGAUAUAUUAGAACAAUUUGAAAAUAUAUCAAUUAAUAAUAUUAUUGAAAGUGCUUUUGAGGAAAUAUCUCUAUAUGAUUAUUAUUAUUAUUUUUUUCACACUCUUGAAGUAUCACAUGAACAAUACUAUAUGUCGUUAGAAUUAUUUAACGGAAUGAAAAUGAUGAUAAAUAAAUACAACUUUUUUCUCAAUAGAAUGCAUAGAAAUUCGAUUUUUGCAAAGGCCAAAUUUGUUUUGGGGAUGGGAGAUAUUCAAAAUGUCAAAGAUGUGUUCUUAACUCGAAGUUCGGCGAUUCAAGAUAAGGGAGAUGUACCGAAUGAACCAGAUAAGGAAGCUGUACCGAAUGAACCAAAUGAAGAAGAUGUACCAAAUGAACCAGAUGCAGAAGAUGCAGAAGAUGCAAACGGUUUAAGCAGAAAAAAUGGAACAUUACAAUAUAUAUUAAACACCAAAAUGGAUUUUAUAAAUUAUCAACAAAAUAAUUUUUUUAGUGAAACACAUUGGAAUGAAAUCGAUAACUAUAACCAUUUGAGUAGCUUAGAUAAAUUAGUUUAUUUUACAAAAGAUUUAUAUUAUAAAUUUACAAAAAAAAAUAUAAAAAACAAAUUAAAAGAAAUAACAUGCGAACAAAAACAUUAUGAUAAAAUACAAAUAAUCGAACAUUGUAAAAAAAAUAUUCCAUCAUAUAAAAAAAAUGUACAAUAUAUGAAUUUUUUAGGAGUAUAUUCUCAUUCUUUUAUUUGGCAAAUAUAUUGCACACAAUUAGAAAUAUUUUGUGUUUUAAAAUUUAAACGAAUACUUUCUAUAAAUAUGCAUAAUGAUUCUCGAUUCGAAAAGUUGAAGCAGUUUUUUUGUAACCCCACUGGGCAAGAUCCAAAGAAGGGGGCAGAAGACGGACCAAACGGGGCAAAACAUGCUAAGGCUAGCCAAGUGGAAUAUUAUAAACAGAAUUAUGAACAUGUUUACGAUUUAAAACGGAUCGAAAAAGAAAUGAAUAAAACUCUUGAAAUUUUAAAAAAUUAUGUUGAAAAAAAUAAAAUAGAAAAUAUUUUUUUUCCAAUUUCAAUUGAAAUAAAUAAUGAACUAAUAGAAAAAACUAAAUAUAUAAAUGGAACACCAUUAAAUGAAUUUAUAUAUAAUGAAUUUUUAUCAGGAAUAGAUUUAAAAUUAAGGGUUUUUAAAUUAAAAUGUAUAAUUAUUAAAAUUAUUAAAAUUAUAUUAAAAUUAUUAAAUUUAAAUAUUUUGAUUACAUUAAAAUGUUCACGGAUAUUUCUUAAAGAAGACAGUUUGAUUCUAAAUAUUGGAGGACCGUUAGGUUUGCUUUCAAAAGAUGCUCUUAAUUUUGUUCUGUAUGAUAUUGAUGAGACCAUUGCAAUCAAAACGUAUAGUAAAAAUAUAUUUUAUUAUAUUCCCCCUGAAAUUAAGGCGAAUCUUAAGAAGUGCAACCCCCAAUUCGGUAGUAACCAUAACAAUGGUGGUAGUGGCGGUGGUAGUGAUGGUGGUAGUGAUGCAAGCAAAGGGCCAGCUGGCGAUAAUCUUUUGGCAAAUUCCCAAACAAAUACAGAUGGAAACUAUUGUAACGCCUUUUAUUUUCAAGAUAAAAUAAAAUUACAAAAAGCAUAUUCUUAUAUGAUUGGUAGAAUAUUUGAAGAGACACUAAUUGAUACAUUUACGGGGGAUAAAUUUGAUUAUUUAAAUUUCGAUGAAGAAAUAAAAGAUUUCUUAAUGUGUUGUUUAGAAGAAAAUGUUGAAAAUAGAGAACCAAUUGAAAAAUUGUUAACUCAUAAAUGUUUUUCAGAUUGUUUUGAUCUAUAUAUAAAUAUUUAUGAUGAUAACAUUAAUUCAUAUAAAAAUGAUAAAGAAAAAGCAAUCCGAUUAAAAGAUUUAAAUUAUAUUAAUCAUUUUGAUUAUAAUAUAUUUACAAUUCCUUCUGAUCAUUCAUCUGCUGAUUUUUCUUUUUCCGAUUCCAGACAGCUCAACACUUCGAGUCAAUGCACCGUCUCUAAUUCGUAG